AAUAAACUGAGGUCCCAUAAAUUGCUCAUGUUUUAUUGUGGAGGGGUAAUACUUAAAGAUACUCGAGCCAGUCGAUAGCAAAAAAAUAGAGAAGAAAGUGGAUUAUUGAGUUUUAUUGCCCGGAUUAUAUCCAGACUCGUAAAUGUAGCAUUUAUUCCCUGCUUUUAAAGUAUAAUUAUGAUGGAAAUGUUGUGAACCUUUAUAUCACGGUGAGUUUGAAUUUACUAAUAAGGAUUAUUUCGGACGGCCGAGAACGAGAAGUGUGCGUAGUUAAUGAAAUGGAAAUAACGUAUAUGAUGCGUUUGAAUAGAUUUGUAAAUAAACCUCCAAUUGCUACAUGACUUAAUUUGGAUCAUUAUUGAUGAAGUGGUGAUAGAUACCGGAAACAUGAGUGGAAUAUAUGAUAAGAUGGUAUUCAAAUGGGGACUUUAAAUUUGUUCAACACUUCAGAUAUGUUAAUUUAGUUUAUAUACACUACUUUGACAUAUUUUAAGAAUAUUUGGUUGAUCAAAUUAUAUGUGGGAUAUAGUAUUGUUAAAGCAAUGUCGGGACUUUCGGGAAUCGGAGUGUUUUGGGCAUUUUCGUCCUUCAUUUCGUCUGCAAUAUUGUGUGUUGGGUAUUUUAUGCCAUACUGGAUAACCGGACAAUUGUUAAUUCAACUGAAUGGGAAAUCGGAACAAACUGUUCCCGUACAUUUUGGUAUAUUUCGUCGGUGUAAUUAUCCGGCGUUAAAUGCCGCCGGGGAAGUUUCAGUAGUCUUAGAAUGUGGACGCUACACGACGUUCAAGGACAUUCCAAGUACGUCAUGGCAAAUAACCACCCUUGUUAAUGGACUAGCAUGUGGCAUUUGCCUUCUCGUAUCACUAACUGCUAUGUUUGGCGUUUGUAUCAAGGGCGUGGUCAUCCCGACGGUUGCACGGUCGGCGGGAAUUCUUCAAAUGUGUUCAGGUUUACUAAUGGUUACUGGCGUAAGUAUUUAUCCGAAAGGUUUGGACAGCCCGGAAAUUCAACAGGCAUGUGGAAACACUUCGAGGUCUUACAAUCUUGGUGAUUGCUCAUUUUCAUGGUGUUUCUACAUCACUGCAGUGGCUAUAGUGGUUACAUUGGUUUGUUCGGCUCUCGCGUUUCACGCUCCAAAACGGAAACACGUGUCUAACGGGGAAUCGUUUUUAGCACGAAAAUUUUCGGGGCCAUAA